CGUUGUCAGGCUCUUCGACCGAUGUCUGUACCGCCCAGCACAAGCAAGAAAAUUAGAAUCACAGUCGUUGCUGCGGAUGGUCUCUCCAAACGUGACGUCUUCCGACUGCCCGACCCUUUUGCUGUAAUCACCGUCGACGCUGAGCAGACGCACACUACAAGUGUCAUUAAGAAGACACUGAACCCGUACUGGAAUGAGAGCUUCGAUAUCACUGUCAAGGAUUCCUCUGUCGUCGCCGUUCAGAUUUUCGAUCAGCGCAAGUUCAAGCGACGGGAUCAGGGCUUUCUGGGCGUUGUAAAUGUUCGGGUUAGCGAUGUUUUGGACCUUGGACUAGAUUGCCACGAAAUGCUAACGUUGGACUUGAAAAAGUCGAACGAUAACCUGGUUGUGCAUGGCAAACUCAUCAUAUAUCUCUCCACCAACGUUAAUCAACCCAUUAAUAAUCCGGGCCCCUCCCAAGUUUCAGGCCUCAACACCGCUAUGGCCAACUUGGGUCUUAACACAUCGCCGUCUGCUAGUACAUCCAACCUCACACUUCCCACUGCUACUUCCUUAACUCGGACCGCAAGUGCCCAUGCCGAUGCCGCCGUUUCUCCCGUUGAACAACCAGCCUCAACUGCUUCUCCUUCUCCAACUUCUGACUCAAGACCGACGAGUACCAUUGCGACGACCCCUGCGACUCAACCUACAACAUCUCCAGCAGCCUCGACUCAGAAUCAGACACGCAACUUCAAUCCUAAUGAGGAUCAAUACGGUCCUCUUCCUAACGGCUGGGAGCGACGCAUUGAUCCGUUAGGUCGUACUUAUUAUGUUGAUCAUAACACACGCACAACAACCUGGAACCGACCAUCAGCUAAUGCGGCAGCCAAUAGCACCGCGCAGGAUAACGAGACUAACGCGGCGCGUGAGCAACAUGGGCGUCGUAUCCUCGCAGACGACCUUCUCGAGGCCAACAACUCGAGCACCAUUGUGCGCAACUCGAGUACCUCAGCGGCUGGCGCUGCUCCUCCCGCCAUCACAGCUGUCAAUAAUACCACAACCGCUGGUACAGGCAGUCUUCCAAACGGAUGGGAAGAGCGCUACACUCCGGAGGGCCGUCCAUACUACGUUGACCACAAUACCAGAACAACCACCUGGGUUGAUCCUCGACGACAGACCAUCAUCCGCGUAAUGGGUCCCAAUGGCCAAGGCUCCGUCCAACCGCAAACCAUCUCUCAACUUGGCCCUUUGCCAUCAGGAUGGGAAAUGCGACUUACCAAUACAGCUCGUGUCUAUUUUGUUGACCACAACACUAAGACCACCACUUGGGAUGAUCCCCGACUCCCAUCAACUCUCGAUGCGAAUGUUCCGCAAUAUAAGCGCGACUUUAGGCGGAAACUCAUCUAUUUCCGUAGUCAACCUGCAAUGCGUGCCCAACCUGGCAAUUGCCAAAUUAAGAUUCGACGCAACCAUCUCUUCGAAGAUAGUUAUGCAGAAAUCAUGCGUCAGACUCCCAACGACCUGAAGAAACGUUUGAUGAUUAAAUUUGACGGUGAAGAUGGUCUAGAUUAUGGUGGGCUUUCCAGGGAAUUCUUUUUCCUUUUGUCUCACGAAAUGUUCAACCCAUUCUACUGUCUAUUCGAAUAUUCUGCCCAUGACAACUAUACCCUCCAGAUCAACCCAGCAUCCGGUGUCAACCCCGAGCAUUUGAACUAUUUCAAAUUCAUCGGAAGAUGUCUCGGCCUGGGCAUUUUCCACCGUCGGUUCUUGGACGCCUACUUCAUUGUCAGCUUUUACAAAAUGAUAUUGAAGAAAAAGGUGACGCUCUCUGACCUGGAGAGUGUCGACGCCGAACUACAUCGAGGAAUGACUUGGAUGCUUGAGAACGACAUCACCGAUAUCAUCGACGAGACGUUUACCACAACUGAAGAACGUUUUGGAGAGAUGGUCACAAUUGAACUCAAGCCUGGGGGAGGUGAUGUUCCCGUCACCGAAGACAACAAGAAAGACUAUGUCGAGGCUGUCGUUGACUACCGUAUCUCGAAGCGGGUCAAGGAGCAGUUUGAGGCCUUCAUGUCAGGCUUCAGCGAGCUAAUUCCGCAGGACUUGAUCACCGUCUUCGAUGAGCGUGAACUAGAGCUGCUCAUUGGCGGCAUGGCGGAGAUCGACGUAGAUGACUGGAAAAAGUUUACAGAUUAUCGGGGCUACGAAAUCAACGACCAGGUCAUUGAAUGGUUCUGGGAAUGCAUUCGUUCAUGGCCACCCGAACGCAAAUCACGUUUACUCCAAUUCGCCACUGGCACUUCACGGAUUCCGGUAAACGGUUUCAAAGACUUGCAGGGCUCAGAUGGACCUCGGCGGUUCACGAUAGAAAAGAGCGGGGAUCCCUCACAGUUACCCAAGAGUCAUACCUGCUUCAACCGCAUUGAUUUGCCGCCUUAUACGGAUUAUGCGAGCUUAGAGCAAAAGCUGACUUUGGCAGUCGAGGAAACUGUCGGCUUCGGUGUUGAAUGA